GGGCCGGUUCCCUGCCCCCACACGCGGGGCUGGCGGCGGUUCCGAAGCCAGGCCCGGCCGGGCCGCGCCCCCGUGUAACGUCUCCAGCAGCGCGGGGGUGACGUCACUGCAGUCACCGGGGCAGCGCCCACCUGAUUUGCAGCCUGUUAAUUAGCACGCGACUAAACCCCCCCCCCCGCUGUAUUAAAAGCAAAUGAAACCCGAACACGUGGGGCUGCGUUCGGUCCGGUCCGUGCGGCUGUCAUGCCCCUGGGGUGACCCGGUGUCCCGCUUCUGGGGCUUUUUCCUGCCCCGGCUCCUAUCACCCCCUGCCCCGGCUCUCCUACUUGCUGCCUGGUCACCCUGCCUGCCCUCCGGCACGGGCUGGGCUCAGUGGUGCCGUCACUGACUCACGCCAUUUCCUUCCCAGCCCAGCCUCAGUUUCCCCCGCCCCCCGUGCUGUGAUGAGCCGCCAGUGCCAUGGUGAAGAGCUGCGCGGCUAUUGGAUGUGCGUCUAGAUGUUUGCCCAAUUCCAAGUUACGAGGACUAACGUUUCACGUAUUCCCCACCGAUGAGGAGGCCAAAAGAAGGUGGGUGCUGGCCACAAAAAGGCUCGAUGUGAACUCUGCAGGCAUGUGGGAGCCUAAGAAAACAGAUGUGUUAUGUUCGCGCCACUUUAAGAAGUCAGACUUCGACACAAGAGGUCCCAACAUCAGGCUCAAACCUGGAGUCAUCCCUUCCAUUUUUGAAUUGCCUUCUCACUUCCAGCGGAGACGAGGAAAAGUUCAUGGCAGACGAAACACCCCACUGAAAACACUGCCAGUAACAGUUCAUAACCACCAGCUUGUGGAUUCGCCUUCCAGUACAGGAGAAUUUCAUUCCCAAUUCAUCUUGGAGCACAGUUACAGCAUAAUGGACAGUCCAAAGAAACUGAAGUGUAAAUUAGAUCAGGUAAUCAGUGAGCUCGAAGAGGCCAAGGAACAUCUGAGGAACACUUUAGACAGAGAACGACAACGCAGGGAAUCACUGAGGACGGUGAUCCGGGAACUGGAGAACAAAUGUCUAAUCAGCCCUGAAACAGCCUGUAAACUGGAUGUUUAUUGCUGGGAGUGGUGUGAGGCAGGCACACAGGAGAAGACUAUCAACUGAAGUAACUGCAGCAGGAAUAGCUGCAAAGGCUCCUUAAGCUCAACAUUCAGAAGUGGGAUGUUUUAGGCUGGCCAUCAGCACUCAGUGAACAGGACCAGCCAGAUCUUUGGAGAAGCCGUUUCUCUAAAGAUACCAUCUGGGCAAGAUCCUUGUUCCUGGGACACGGCUCCCUUAUGUAACAAGGUGUCUUGGUCUCUGAGAGCUGUGGUAGUGGUCAGGAGUGCGAGCUACAAAAGACAAUAUAUUAAUGUAAACAAUUGUCGGAUUAGCAUGGUGAGGCACCUCUAGCUUAGAUAUCAUAAUGCAGAACUUUAGUGAGGCCCUAAGAGUGCAAAUCAGGACUAAAGCAGUGCACAGACUACAAAGUGCACAGUGCUUACUUUAUAUGUAUUUUGGAUUACAAAUAUUUGCCCUGUAAAAAAACAAAAUAAAUAGUAUUUUUCACUUCAUCUAAUACACGUACUGGUAGUGCAAUCUCUAUCAUGAAAGUUGAACUGACAAAUGUAGAAUUAUAUAUACAAAAAAACCCAAACCCAGCAUUCAAAAAUAAGAAAGUAAAUUUUUAGAGCCUACAAGUCCACUCAGUCCUACUUCUUGUUCAGCCAAUCGCUCUGACAAACAAGCUUGUUUACAUUUGCAGGAGAUAAUACUGCCUACUUUAUGUGCUAAAGAUUCAUAUGUCCUUCAUGCUUCAACCACCAUUCCAGGGGACAUGUGUCCAUGCUGAUGAUGGCUUCUGCUUGAUAACGAUCCAAAGCAGAGUGGACCGACGCAUGUUUUUUUAAUCAUCCGAGUCAGAUGCCACCAGGAGAAGGUUGAUUUUCUUUUUUGCUGGUUCGGGCUCUGUAGUCUCUGCACUGGAGGGUUGCUCUUUUAAGACUUCUGAAAGCAAGUGCCACACCUCAUCCCACACCAGAUUUUGGAAGACACUUCAGAUUCUUAAACCUUGGGUCGAGUGCUGUAACUAUAUUUAGACAUCUCACGUUGGUACUAUCUCUGCAUUUUGUCAAAUGUGCAGCGAAAGUGUUCUUAAAAUGAACAUGUACUGAGUCAUCAUCCAAGACUGCUAUAACAUGAAAUAUGUGGCAGAAUUCGGGUAAAAUAAAGCCAGAGACAUACAAUUCUCCCCCAAGGAGCUCAGUUGCAAAUUAAUGUAUGUUAUUUUAAUGAGUAUCAUUAGCAUGGAAGCAUGUCCUCUGGAAUGGUGGCUGAAACAUGAAGGGGCAUACGAAUGCUUAGCCUAUCUGACACGUAAAUACCUUGCAGUGCUGGCUACAAAAGUGCCAUGUGAACACUUGUUCUCACUUUCUGGUGACACUGUAAAUAAGAAAAGGGCAGCAUUAUCUCCCAUAAAUGUAAACAAACGUGUUUGUCUUAGCAGUUGGCUGAACAAGAAGUAGGAGUGAGUGGACUUGUAGGUGCUAAAGUUUUGCAUUGUUUUGUUUUUGAGUGUGCUUAUAUACCAAAGAAAAUCUACAUUUGUAACUUGCACUUUCACGAUUAAAGAGAUUGCACUACAGUACUUGUAUGAGAUGAACUGAAAUAUACUACUAUUUAUCAUUUUUGCAGUGCAAAUAUGUGUACUCAAAAUAUAUAAAGUGAGCACUGUACACUUUGUAUUCUGUGUUGUAACAAAUUAAUAUUUGAAAAUGCAGAAGAACAUCCAAAAAUAUUUAAUACAUUUCAAUUGGUAUUCUAUUGUUUAACAAUGUGUUUAAAACUGCGACUAAUCGCAAUUUUUUUUUGAGUUAAUCAUGUGAGUUAAUUGCGAUUAAAUCGACAGCCUUAAUCUGGAUCUUUACUACCCUGGAGUGCAUGUGCAGAGCUCCCAAAAUGGAGCUUGAUAAAUUUAUGAAUGGAAUUAUACGGGGUGGCUGUCUGCAACAGCAGGGCACUGGACUCUAUGACGUCCAUCCCAUUCCUAUGAUUUCACAUUCAGCUGUUCUUUCAGGGGUCCAGGUGAAGUUUGCCCCAGGAUGUUUUAAGAUCCUGUAUUGAUCAUUUGUUCUUCUCUAUCGUGCGUGUAUUAGGUGUAAGGCAUCAGUCACUAAUUCUGCAGUCAGCACGUGGCAUUUUCCAGAAGAUUUUCCUAGUCUAAGAUUUGCAUCAAUUUGGAGUGAGUUCAGGUGCAUUAUGAACAGGAAACGUAAGCCCUUUGCAAAGAGCAUUGGUGGGAAAGAGGUAGCUAUUCUGGGCAGUUUUUUUAGACGGGAGAUUGAAGUACAGCAUGAGCUAAAAAACAACGUAUGAACUCAGUGCUCAAGGGCUGGGUGUAGUGUGCUCAACGGGGAAGAUACUAAUAACACUUGUUUCAGCUCAGCAUCCAUAGUUCUUAUAAAACCAGUAUAAAUGUAUUUACAGGAGCCCACAGUGUUCUGCAGAGUAAGAAUGCACCUAAGGCAACUUUUAUUGCCUUCCGCUGUAUAUAGUUUCUGCACUAUGCAGUAGCAUUGAUAAUUCACACACGCAAUAUCCAUAUUUGCAUGAUAGCUUCUAGGUUCAGGAUCUAGGCUGUUAAGAAUCCUUUGCUCUUAGGAGAAGACACACAAAAAACACCCUUAUGCUGAUAGCAGGAAAAGGGGCUAGAUGCUUGUGGCUUUUCCCUAAAUAUUUUCAAACAGGUGUUUUAUUCAAUCUAGAAGAUACUUCCUAUGUUUUUAAUACAAUGAUCUAUUUAUGAUGAGCAGGGACAGUAAAAAAUGGAAAGACAUGA